CCGUACUGUCCUGGCGGAUUUUUGUAAGCCGCCAAGAAUAAAAUUCUUCUUAAUACACGAAUGUCGGUCUUUCGGGCAGCGCAAAUCGAGAGAUUGAGCUGCACUGCUCCCAAUGUGAGUGAAAUCGCCAUACAAGCCGAUUGUGACGUUGAUGAUAAUGAACCGCAGAAAGAUGAACAUGAUGUGUUAGACUUUAGCAGUCCAUUUCUAUUCAGUGAUGCUGUUCUAAUUGUUCAAGGUAGAAAUCUUCAUUGUCAUCGUGCUAUUCUAUCCAUCUAUUCACCAGUAUUCAAAGCUAUGUUUCAAAAUCGAUGCAUUGAAAAUCAAAAAAAUGAAGUUGUUAUUCCAGUUGACGAGUUUGAUGACAUAAGGGAAAUGUUGCGUCACAUGUACACACCUGGUGGUUGUGAUAUGACACCCGAAACAGCUGAAAAGUUGCUACCUAUUUUACAUCGAUACCAAAUCGAUUCUAUGGUUAGCUUGGCUGAGAGGACACUUACAUUUCGGCUCAAUGAUGUAACUGCACCAUUGUUUCUUCGAAUAGCUGAUUUAUAUGGUCUGAGUAGAUUACGACAAGCAGCUUUGGAUUCUUGUGCUCGUUUAGAUUAUGGUCGGAUGGUUAAAGCAUUUGAAGAAAUAAAUCUGUCAAUGGAACUUAAAAAUGAAGUACUUGAAAGAAGAAUAAAAGUUUUGGAAAAAUGUCUUGUAGAUAUUCAACAGAGUUUUACUCAUUCGUGUUCACGUAUGGAAAGUCGUGCUGAACGUGUUCCUUCCAAUCACUGUUCAUUACAUUGCCGUCCGUUUUCAACAAUCACUUUUAGUCCCGUUGUAAACAAUGCAACAGGACCGUCAACCAAUAAUAAUGCAGACCAGCAUUUACAGAAUAAUAAUGCCAAUGAUACUGUGCAUAAUGACGUGGCUGCAAGCAUAAUGCCAUUUUCAGUUGCUAGAAAUAUGGAAAUGCGUACAGGUGGGGAUAAUGGUAAUAAUGAUACCACACAAAGAGAAGCAGAUACAAAUUUAUCUAAUACAACAACUACUACAACCACUGCAGUAAUACCACCAAUUUCUAAUACUCCAUUAAUAACAGCUGUUUGUGAACAAUGUGUAGAACAAUUCAAAACUCAUAUACAGGAAUUGUGUAAAAGAGGAUUGCAUAAAAUACCGAUUAUCACUUGCAGAAAUCCUUGAUUUCAUUUGUGCCAUUAUUGUUUUCACAAAAUCUCUUUUUCUUAGAAACUAUAGAAUCAAAACAUUUUCACCCCAAGAUACGCAGUCCAGUAAAACAAGUUCAGUAACAUAUCAUGACAUACGUAACAUAUCUAUUCAUAGACUAAAGAAGAACAUCUGUUUAUUUCAAAGAUAAUUUCAUUUCAUUUCUGUCAUUUUAAACCAUAUAUAUUAUGUAUAUCAUCUCAAUAAACUUAAAUUCUGUAGUGUGACAACAAAAUAGUAGUUUGGGUGAAGUUUCGUUUACUUUGGUAGUCUAUAUUUCUCUAUGUCCUAAGCGCUACUUUAGAAUACAUCUUCAAACUCAA